ACUGAUGUGAUUUGGUGUCCCACUUCCGUCAGUUCAUUUUCGUACGACUGCUUUGCCAACAUGUCGUACCACCAGCUACCAAAUUCGGUGGCCGAUGGCAGCUGGAUCGGCUGGUUCGUCGGCCUCCAGGGCAACGAGUUUCUCUGCCGCGUGCCCGCCGACUACGUGGAGGACAAGUUCAACCUGCUCGGACUGGAGGGCCUGGUGGAGAACUUCCCGAUGGCCCACGAGCUGGUCCUCGAGCCGGAGUUCCGCCACUGGGACAGCGGGGUGGACACCACGGACGCGGAGCGGCUGUAUGGCCUCAUCCACGCCCGCUACAUCCUGACGCAACGCGGCGUGGAGGACAUGUGCCUCAAGUACGAGCGCGGCGACUUCGGUUCCUGUCCGCGGUUCUACUGCCGGGAGCAGCGGGUCCUGCCCAUCGGGCUCUCCGACCAGUGCGGCCAGGCCCACGUGAAGGUCUACUGCCCGCAGUGCACCGACGUCUUCCAGCCCAGAUCCCGCUGCGCCCUGCUGGAUGGCGCCAUGUUCGGCACCGGGUUCCCCCACAUGUUCUUCAUGCAGCUGCCGGACCUGCGUCCCGAUCCGCCCAAGGAGAAGUACGUGGCGCGUCUGUAUGGCUUCCAGAUCCACCACAAGACCUUGUGCCCGUCCGAGUCCCCCGAAAGAGAGUCCAAGCACUCGGAAUCCCCGGCCGGCAAGCCCACCUUUGGAGCUCUGCCCACUUCCAAGGCCUCCCUCCUUCCUCCGCGUUGCUCCCUGAAGAGCCUGCACCUGUAACUAUUCACCAAGGGAAAGCACAUUGUUGGUCUGAUGUCUUGUUGUUGCAAUUACACGGAUUCCCCUUGAUAUCGCCAGAUGUUACACCAUACCCACACACACCCACACACACCCACACACACCCACACACACCCAAAGAUAAUCUAAGCUGGCGAUAUCAACCAAUCGAAUGAGUAGCGAACCGGAGCGUUGUCAUUAAAUGUAUCAAUACUGAAACAAAUCUCGGCGGUCCAUUCAUCCAUUUAGAGUGAAGUAUUUUGUACUGGGAGAAAUCAGUAUCGCAAUCAAAAAAUAAUAGAAAAUGUCAAGACUCCA